AUGAACGGCUACCACAAGUCCGAGCACGGAAAAAGCCGUGCAGAUCCAGGGAGCACACGCUGGGUUUACAACAAGUUCCUGCGAACUCAGACCAAGCUGCGCUGGGUCUGUGGGCUGUGCAACGUUUGGUGCAAGGACGAGAACGGCUACAAAUGCCACCUGGAGCACGAGAACCACAUCCGCAAGUCGGAGAUCUCGCGCAAGAGUAAGGCCCGUCAAUUCAACAUGUCGCCGCGGGAUGAGGCUUUCGCGACAAGCUUCGUGCAGUUCCUCGCGCUGAACUACAUGAACCAGAAGGUGCUGCUCCAUGAGGUUUACAGGGAGAUGUAUCCCCACGAUCGCAACCAGCGGUUGAUGCAUGACACCUGCUGGGGCAGCCUCGGUACUUUCAUCAAUGCCCUCAGCAAGAACGGAGAAUGCGAAGCCGUGAAGGGACCGAAGGGCUGGGUGGUGCGCAUCGACCAAGACAUGGUGGUGGCUGCUGAAGCGGAGAAAGACCUCAAGAUCUCGUCCUUCAUGUUGGCCCAGGACGACGUCGAGCAGCCGCCGGUUCCCGAGUCUCGAGGCGAGCGGAUGGCGGCCUCAUGGGAUAGGAACCUGAAGGAGGCCGCUGCCUCUACCAAGCGGCCCUUUGAGGUGUCCCUGGAGACGAAACACAAGAGGGGGGAGCAGGAGAAGGACUGGCAGUGGGACCCACCAGACAAGGAGGAGGAGAUGGAGACGUUAAGCGCCAACCGUGGCAAGGUGACCUUCCAGUUCGGUGGCAAAAAGGCCGGUCAGGCACCGGCACCUCAGGACGCCAAGGAAGCCGACGCCGUCAGCCUGGCAUCGGCAUCGACAGCGCCGACGGCCCUGGCGCCGGCGUCACCGGGAGCACCAGAACCGGAAGCCAAGGAAGCCGAUGCCGUCUCGGGAGAUCUGGUGUGGCCCCCGGGCCUCGUGGUGAAGAUCCAGUGCCCAGAUACCCCCCUGCAUGGUCUCAAGGCCGUGACUUCGGAGGGGGAUCAGUCCAGGGGCUUGGUGCCUCUGAAGCUGCUGAAGCCUCCCGAGGGCGUGCGGCCGGUGACGAGGAUGAGGCCUUCAGUUCUUGAGACCGUCCUCCCGAAGUUCGGCAACAAAGUUCUCGUCCUCCGGCCCGGUGACCCGGACCCUCCCGAGGGCACGCUGCAGUCCGUGGAGACCGACACCUUUACCUGCACGGUUCUCUUAGACGACGGUCAGUCCUUAAGUGGACUGCCCUACGAUCAAGUCUGCAAGAUCUGGGCAGGAUAG